AUGGCAGAAGUCUGCGCAAUCCUCGGCGGAGUGGGUUCGAUAUUCAGUAUCGUGAAUGGCAUCAGUAAAGUCGUCGGUACUAUCGGCGACCUUCAGACGAAGUGGGGCGAGGCUGAUCUUACUUUGUUGAGUCUGGCGUCCCAGCUCAUUGCUCUACGGGCUGCCUCGACCAAGAUACAAGAGUGGAUAGAUCAAGAUCUCCAAGACACCCAUCACCAACUAGUCAUGGAUCUGGACGUCAAAACUCUCUCUGAGCAGCAACGUAUUCUCGGUACAAACAAGACUAGAAAAGUCUUGGAUCGAGCAAAAGCAGACUCGAUAUCUCUCUAUGUUCAUCGUGACUCUGCAUCUCUCACCAGCAAGAUGACCGACAACAUGUCAAAGAUAUCGCGUGUCUUUGAAUUUGACUCGAACAUCUUUUCUACGGGAGUCUACGAGCGGGCCUUCCGGGGAUCAGUCAGAGAUCUGCUCAGGCGACGGCAGCAAACCCUCAGAGCCCACCCGACAGCUUCGUCGGCAGUAGAACCUACACCAACGCCCGGGAGCUUGCAGAGUAUCUGCUUUCUAGGACCUGACCAGAUCGGCAUGGAUUUGUUGAUUGACACCAUUCAAACUGAUCAACAUCACCUUCACGACGAGUGGGCCUUACACCAGUGGGAGCUACGAAAGCUCUUCCUGAGCCUUGUAAUCACUAUCGUCAGGACUCGUUCAGACCACUGCGAUGAAGAAGACGCCGGAAUUGUCAUGCGAUUCAUGCGAACUGAAGAGUACCUAGAGCGAUACUCUGAGCUGCACUCGGUAUCUCAUAAGGCGCUAGGAGCUUGUACGCGGAUUUGGAAUGAUGCAGUGCAAUUGGCUCAAGACCCGCACGUCCGUAACGCUUCUAAAGAGAGGGUUGAGUUCGGCAAGAUGGUCUUUUGGGUCCAGAUCAUACCUGAUAGAGGGUUGAGCGUUACCAGUGGCAACUAUGCAGCUAGGUCGUAUGUGAUAUUGUACGCGCAUGUGCGAGCUCUCGGCUGA